AAAAAAUUGAAUAGUAUUUUAGCAAUUCUCUUUUUCAAAAGAUAGAAUAGUAUUGGUCAUGCUACCUCCAUACCUACCGGCCGUCUAUAUAUUGAGGAGGUGGGAACUUCAAAUAAUAUACAAAAUAUAAGUGUGCAAGAAAAUAUAUAGUGUGAAGUAAUUAGUUUCUCUUGUUUUACACAAGUACCAUCUUUUGCACCAUCUUGUUACUCCCCAAGAAAAUCAGCCAUGGAAGAUCUCAAAAACUACAUCAUGCUGUUCCUGCUUUGGUUAGUGUCCACCAUAUUGGUUCGAAACAUAUUCUCGAAACGUCGAACCAAGAAUAGUAGAUUCCCACCGAGCCCUUCUUCACUCCCAAUCAUUGGGCACCUUCACCACCUUGGUCCAUUACCACACCAAUCUCUCUAUAAGCUUUCAAACCGUUAUGGACCCUUAAUGCAUAUCUAUCUUGGCUCAAUCCCUACCGUUGUUGCUUCCUCGCCAGAAAUGGCCAAAGAAUUCCUCAGAACUCAUGAGGCCUCCUUCUCGAGUCGCCCCCCGCCGAGUAUCCUCAAACACAUUUCUUAUCCCUCAGAUGACUUAACCUUUGCCCCGUACGGUCCUUACUGGAAGUUCUUGAAGAAAGUUUGCAUGUCUCAGCUUCUGGGCAGCCAAACUCUUAAUCUUCUUCUUCCUAUUAGGAAUGAUGAGAGGAGGAGAUUCUUAGUAUCACUCCUCAAAAGGGCUGAGUCAAAUGAGUCAGUUGAUAUUGGAAACGAGCUCAAAAAGCUUACCAACAAUGUUAUAUCGAGAAUGAUUAUGAGCAAGAGGUGUGCUGAUGAUGAUAACGAAGCUGAUGAGAUCAAUGAGGUGGUAAAUGACUCAGCUGAGAUUGUUGGAACUUUUAACGUUUCUGAUUUUAUUUGGUUCUGUAAGAAUUUAGACUUGCAGGGACUUCGAAAAAGAAGUAAGGUCAUCCAUGACAAGUUUGACAACAUGGUGGAGAAAAUCAUCAAAGAGCAUCGAGCACAUAAUAAGACUAGCCGAGGUGAUCAUCAUCAUUAUCAUGUUCCAACGGAUUUCCUUGAUAUUUUACUUAAAAUUUCCGAUGAUGAGGGCUCAGAUGUCAAAUUAACCCAAGAGAACAUUAAAUCUUUCUUCCUGGAUGUAUUUGUAGCGGGAACAAACACGUCUUCCAUUACCAUGGAGUGGGCACUUGCUGAGCUAAUAAACAACCCAAAAAUGAUGAAGAAAGCAAUGGAAGAAAUCGAUAAUGCUGUUGGAAAAACAAGACUAGUAGAAGAAUCAGACGUUGCCAACCUUCCUUACAUUCAAGCUAUAAUUAAAGAAACACUAAGACUUCACCCACCUGGCCCAAUAUUAAUCAGAGAAGCUUCUGAAACAUGCAGUAUUGAUGAUUAUGAGAUUAAAGAAAAAACUCGACUGCUGAUCAAUGUUUGGGCCAUUAGCAGGGACCCAAAUCACUGGGAAAGCCCAUUUGAGUUCAAGCCUGAAAGAUUUUACAGUGAUGACAAGAAUGAAAUAAGUAAUAAUGCUAAGAAUAUGGAUGUAAGGGGACAACAUUUUCAACUUUUGCCAUUUGGGAGUGGAAGAAGAGGGUGCCCUGGAACUACUCUUGGAUUGCAAGUUGUUCAUACAAGUUUGGCUUCAAUAAUUCAAUGCUUUGAUUUGAAAACAGAUGGAAUUGUUGACAUGUCUGAGGGACCUGGCCUGACCCUACCUAGGGCUCACUCCUUGGUUUGUGUCCUCAAGGCUAGGCAUAGUCAAUUGCCAUUAUGAAUAUACCCUCAUAUCUUCUAUCUUUAUAUUUCAUAUAUAUUAAAGUUUACACUUUUUAU